AUGGGCGAGUACUCGAAAGCACUUUCAUCGUUCGAACGAUCACUUGAAAUCCGAAAAAUAGCUUUCCCUCCGAAUCAUCCCAACUUGGCUUCUUCCUACAACAACAUCGGUAUGGUGUAUUAUAGCAUGGGCGAGUACUCGAAAGCACUUUCAUCGUACGAACGAUCACUUGAAAUCCACAAAAUAGCUCUCCCUCCGAAUCAUCCCGACUUGGCUUCUUCCUACAGCAACAUCGGUUCGGUGUAUUAUAACAUGGGCGAGUACUCGAAAGCACUUUCAUCGUACGAACGAUCACUUGAAAUCCACAAAAUAGCUCUCCCUCCGAAUCAUCCCGACUUAGCUAAAUCCUACAACAACAUCGGUAAUGUGUAUAAUAACAUGGGCGAGUACUCGAAAGCACUUUCAUCGUGCGAACGAUCACUUGAAAUCCGAAAAAUAGCUCUUCCUCCAAAUCAUCCCGACUUCGCUCAAUCCUACAACAACAUCGGUAAUGUGUAUGAUAACAUGGGCGAGUACUCGAAAGCACUUACAUACUACGAAAAAGACCUGGAGAUCACUCUGAAAGCUCUCCCUCCGAAUCAUCCCGACUUGGCUACUUCCUACCUCAACACCGGUAAUGUGUAUACUAAAAUGGGCGAGUACUCGAAAGCACUUACAUAUUACGAAAAGGCGCAAGACAUAUGGAAAAAAUCACUACCUUCAAAUCAUCCACAUAUUGCACUUGUGAAAAGAAACAUUGAAAAUAUGAAAAAGAAAAUGUAA